UGCCACCCUGCAGUUGCUCCACGGCUCCUUCCCCCAAAUUCUUUGCCGGGCCUUCUCUCUUUUUCUUCUCAGCCACCUUUUCAGCGGCUCCGCGUAUACCUUCCAUCAACAAAGUAGUUCAUCUCUUUUGCAUGUUUUCGUGAUCUGCCCUUGCAAUUGGCAUCCCCCAACUCUUCGCCCUGUCUUUGUUGGUGCAAUUCGCCUUCACCUUCUUGUCGCUCCAAUCCGCAAUCGCCGCCCAUCUCGAACUCGACUCUUCUUCGCUCUAUCGGCAGCGCCCCCACACCGGAGCUCCAGCGUCCCCCAAGUGCUUGCCCCAGACAAUCCGCACUUUCCGCCUGCAGCCUCGGCGUCGUCGCUGCAUUUUUCAUCGCAAACCACCAAUCCGUGAGAAACUUUGGCUGCGAGCAUCACCGUUUCUGGCGACAGACAAUGGGCAAUACCUCUCUCCAAUAUCGCAAAUGCUAGUCUCCCACUUCCUGCUCCAAGACGUACAACCAGCAGAGCUCAACGGUUGCAUCGCACCUCGUCCGCUUCAUCGCUGACGCCCAUCCGACACGGUUGAGCCCUCUUCAAUUCCAACACCAACACUUUAAGCUCGUUGCUUGCUUAAUCGCCUAUAGCAACAUCUCCCUCUGGAAAUAUGCCCAGACAUGCAGCUCCGCAGACAGCCUCGCAGCCGAGUGUGAAGCGCCAGCGCCAGAUGUCCGCUGACGACGAUGUCCCUCCUACCACAGAUCAGGAUUCCAGCGCAGAUAUCGACUCGAGCAAAGGCGCUACAGGCGAUCCUAACGCCUCUUCUUCCACAGGAGGCGUUCCAGGUCAAAGUAGCAAUUUUCGCAGUGUCAGCGCCUGCAAUAGGUGCCGGCAGCGCAAGAAUCGAUGUGACCAGAAGUUGCCUAGUUGUGCCACCUGCGAGCGCGCUGGUGUCAACUGUGUUGGCUUCGAUCCGAUAACCAAAAACGAAGUUCCCCGCAGCUAUGUAUACUACCUCGAAACACGCGUUCAAGCGCUAGAGCAAUUGCUAUCUACCAACAACAUCUCAUACCCCGCAGCUCAAUAUCUAGGACUUUGUUCCAGGCCGACAUCAGAAACAGCGUCUGUUCCUUCAGUGGCCGCGAAUAAUGCCACAAGAAACCCCACGGGUCAACCGCUUGCUGUCAAUCACCAUGCAGUAGCGGCUAUCAAAUCUGACGGAAGUGAGAGAAGCCCUGCCAUGGUCAAUAUUGUUAGCUCUGCCAAACCUAGAUCUUUAGCAGCCGCAUCAGGAGUUUCUUUUGCCAGGGUUGUGCUUGCUGCUGUCCAACAUUCUGUGUCCGAUAAUGGGCAAGCAUUUGACCGCAGCCAAGGGGUAACAACCAUGCGCGAUUCAUUUUUCGGUCUUCAUACGAAACCAAACAUUCAACCUGCGCCAAUUCCCCGAAAGGCUGUCGCCUCUAAACUAAUCAGUCUAUAUUUCGAACAUGCCAAUCCGCAGAUUCCCAUUCUUCACCGCGUCGACUUUUUGCGAAUGUUUGAGCGAGCAUACGAAUCGGGAACUGACUCGCUCUCAGCACGAGAACUCUAUAUGCUCAACAUGGUCUUUGCCAUCGGUUCUGGUGUCAUCGUUGGCGAGCCUGUGAAGCCCUCGUUCAAUUCCAACGACAAAACACUGGCUCAGAUGAAGGAUGUGUCUACACCCGAAGAAUACCAUGCUAGUGCCAUUGUCCAUCUGGAGGCUUGUCUGAGCCAGAGCGGUGGUUACCUCGAGGUACUGCAAGCCAUUCUGCUGUUAGCCAACUUUGCCCUUCUGCGGCCAGUGCCUCCUGGUUUGUGGUAUAUUACUGGUGUGGCCGUUCGCCUUGCUGUGGAUCUUGGCCUGCACCACGAAGAAGGUGGUGACCUUGAUAUUGUCCAUCCCACUGGCGACCCCCAGCUCCCAGACGACGGUGCAGCACAAGGUCGUGGGCGCAGACUUUGGAUUCGCGACAUGCGCCGGCGGCUGUUCUGGUGCACGUAUUCCUUUGACAGGCUCGUCAGCACAUGUGUUGGUCGACCUUUUGGAAUCAGCGACCAAGUAAUCACAACCAGUUUACCAUCUCUUUUAGACGACAAAUACAUCUCCACCGACGGCUUCAUCGAUGCUCCGGCCGAUUCGAACCUUGUCAGCUACAAACGUGUAGCCCAUCACUACUUUCGUCUUCGUAUGCUGCAGUCAGAAAUUCUACAGGUUCUGCAGCACAAUCAUGCGCAAUCUGCACGCGAAGGCAAUGCGCCAGCAAUGUAUCCCGAGAUGCAUGGCAAUUUACCUUGUCCAUUUCUUUCCGAUAUUGACUCAUUUUACUCAUGGCGUGCUGGUAUGGAUGACCGCUUGCUCGCAUGGAAAGAGGCCGCGCCAUCUAGAGAAGAAACCGACGUCGCAUUUUCUACAGAGUUUCUGGAGCUCAACUACUGGCAGGCCAUCAUAAUGCUCUACAGACAAAGCCUGAGCGUCCCAGUCGAAUUCCGCGGCGAGUAUAACACAUCCAAUGAAGUCAAUAGCCCGUCAACAUACACAGCAGAGCCUAGGGAAGAUGAAGACCGCAUAUACAUGAAGAUUGCUGAGGCGGGUCAGAAGAUUCUGCGAAUCUACAGGAAGUUGCAUAUUGACGGCCUGGUCAGCUACACGUAUCUCUCAACACACCACCUAUUCAUGGCAGGUAUAUCCUACUUAUAUGCACUUUGGCACUCGCAGUAUGUGCGCAGCCGAUUUACAAUGGAUGAUGUGGACUUUACAGUCUUGGCUGCCAAAUCCGUACUUAAUGAUAUGAUUGACAAAUGCCCACCUGCCGAAACAUGCCGAGAUGCGUUCGAUCGAACAGCCAAAGCAACGAUCAAAAUGGCAAGUCGAAAUGGAGGCUUCCGAGUGCAUAAGACCAAGCCUCGGAAGCAAAGAGGACGAGCCGCUACCUCAGGUUCACUGGAUCUAUCCAACAGUGCUUCUUUGGCUCUUAACAUGACGAAUACAGCAGGUGGUGAUGCGGCAGCUGACUCACAAACCCAAAAGUUCACAUUUUCCGACUUCUCCAACACAGAUAAUCUGUCCUCGCCAGGGUUAUCAACUGCUGGGGAUAUCUCAAAUGGUGGAACCCCGCCUAUGAGCGGAACAAAUGAUGCCUUCAGAAGACCAUCAGGCAUCAGCCCCGGCGAUUUAUCGGGAAGCCAAGACGCAACCAGUAUGAAUCAGUCACACACUUCUUCUCCGGCGUUGGUUCGUGCCAUGACGGGACAGGCUGGCGAUGGCUUCUCAAAUCAGCCCUUUAGUGCUCAAGGUCUGCUCGAUAAUGCUGACGGCAGUCUGGAUUUGCUGCAAAAUAUGGGGGCCGGAUCAAAUGGAGACUUUGGUACCUUGGAUCCUAUGGAUCUAGGCUACGGUAUGCCAUGGGAUGGUGUUAACAACGACUUUACGGACGGGUCAUCUACGUUUAACCCAUUUGGGCCGUUCUUUUUCGGUGGGCCACCGAAUGGAAACGUAUAGACAUGUUGUGUCGCAUAUCAGCCCGCUUUUUACGCAUUAUAGAGCUGGCAGGUCGACGAUUACUUUGGAUAGAUUGACAUGUGUUUUGUAAAAGUCUGUAUCUGGUGUAUAUAUGUUGAUGGAAGGGAAGGAUAUGAAUGAAUGUAGGGAAGUGCUCCCUUUGUAAUGACUAGCUUGUAUCGCUAUGCGUUUCAAUAUACCCCAUUUUGUAUUGCAAAUGACCAGUUUCGAGUCGUCAAAGAAUUCGCAUUGUAGAGUGUUGUAAAUGCUUUGCAUUAUGUUCCUACUUUUCAUUCUAAAUUCAUUGUCAAAUACUAAAAGAAAUAGAUUCUCAACCUUGACGUUAAGUCGUCGACAUUUUUCGCUAAACGCCCAUAUACCUCGUAACUCCAAUAAAUGUCGGUUGCCCCUAAAUUAUAUAUAAUGUUGCUUUGCAAUGUGAAUACAACCAAAAUGAAACGAAAAAACGGAAGAAGAAGAUGGUCGAUGAUUAUGACCAGCUUAGAAGUUGUAAAUCUCCAACUACCCUCUGCUAUAGCGUCUGCUAUCUCUUCUAGAGCCGCGAUCCGAGUCUCUGUAUCGACGAUCGUCGCUGUGUCGACUCGAGCUCUCGCGUCGGCUGUGUCGUCGUGGCGGGUCAUUCUCUUCAAUAACCACCACCUCAUCAUCAUCGGAUUCUUCAAUAACACGUGGGGGUGGGCGGGAUGAGCGGCUCGGGCCGGGAACUAGCACGACUGGUGGUUCCGUUCGGCGAGUAGUUUUGGUGGUGCGGACUUCGUACAUUUCGGUAUCGCCGCUCACUGUAGAGGCAGGCUUGUAUCGACUUUUGCCCUCUCGUAGAAUGCUUCGUGUACGUCGACUGAGUACGCUAGAGUGAAACGACGACGACACCGUAGUGACAUCAUCUGAGGAUGACGAAAACAACGUUAUAGGUGCCCAUCCUAGACAUGAAUAGAGGAGAGCGAGACAUAGCAAGAAGCCUCCGACGCAUGCCAAAACAAUGCCAACAACAACGCCCGGUUGAGGCGAGCUAUAUUGAGAAGAGUAUGUCGCAGGUAUUACGACAGUGUCGCGAGGGAAUAUCGCAGGCAUAGCGCUGAAUAAUGUGUAAUUGUAUGGAAUAUUGUCGUGUUGCGCUUUGAAGCUGGUACCGUGGUGGUCUGCAACACGGCAGCUGUAAGUUGAGAAGCGGUGAAGUUGGUGCUUGGUCAAAGGAGGAUAGUAUCGAGCAUUAUAGUUAUAGUUGACGUAUUUAAGUAGAGGUUUGAAAACAAUGAGAGAUAUUGGAAUCGAGUCGAGAGCAAUUAUUGCCUGCGCUGUUGCUAGCUCGGGUCUGCUAGUGGCGGGUAAUGGUGACGACAGUCGUGUGUUUGCGCAGUCGUAGUGGAUUCGAGGAUAAGUAGCUGAGGAGAGGAAGGCACAAGCUGGUGCUGAAGAAUGGUGGAAUCGGAGAGAGAAUGCGAUUCGAGUUAAUGAGCGUAAAUAGCAGAGACUUGUCGUCUUGGAAGGGAAAAAAAAAAUAUGUUUAUGCAGGAUGAAGGGGUAGCUGUGGUGACACUGGCGGCUGUCGAUGUGGCUGCUGCCGGCAGUGUGGCGGGAUUCUCAUUGUUCACCAGCCACGCCAAUUUUCUGGCAGCUGGCAAAC